AUGACUGUCUGUUUAUACUUCUUUGCCAAACAUAUAAACUUAGAAAACUACAACUCAUUGGCUCAGAUCUUCAAUAAAAUUAGACCGAGUGAGAUUUGCGAUUACUCUGGAACCAUUGAAAUCAACGACGGGAAAUAUAGUUUCAAUAUUAUCACCUCAAUGGUUCCAGAGUUUCAAAAUUUGGGCAUUUUGUUUGUGGGCAAAAAGGAAGUGCCGGACAUCUUAUACCGAAGAAAACUAGAAGAAAAUCAAACACUACUUAACAAUUCUUUCAUUAAUGCAAACGCAAAC